AGCUGUGUCCUUCUCGCUAUCCCCACUCCUAUGCAACUUUAAUUAAAGAAGAUGUUGCCUGUUCAGUUGGCACUUCUCUUCAGAAGAUGCUGGACGAGUGCCAGGACAGGCGGAGCUGCCAGUUCCUCGUCAACAGCCGGCUGUUCGGGAUGGAUCCCUGCCCCGGGACUGGCAAGUACCUCCUCGUGUGGUACAAGUGCAGGCCAAAUGAAUACAAGAGUAAAGUAGCCUGCGAAGAUGACAAGCUGAGGCUGAGCUGUAAGAAGAGCAUGGUGAUAGCCAUUUACUCUGCUAUCUUUGGGAGGACACAAGGAGGCAGCCUGGAGUGCCCAUACCAAAACCUAGGGAUGCCCAUGAUUGAGUGUCAGUCAGCUACUGCUCUCCAGCUCAUGAUCAAGCGCUGUCAUGGGAAAAGAAGCUGCAGCAUAUAUGCCAGCACCUACGAAUUUGGAGAUCCUUGUUACCCAGGCAUCCAAAAGUAUCUUAAUGUCAUCUACACCUGUGUUCCCAAGAAGCUUCUGCAUGAAACUCAGGCAAGACCAACUAAUCAACAAGGGUAUCAGAAGCCACAUUUUCCACUGCAGCCAAGAGUGUUUGACCCCAAUGUUAUAGGGGACGGUGUGUUCCUUUCGGAUGUCUCUUCUUCCAACAUAGAGCGAGCUCUUCCAGAGAAGAAGAAGGAGAGGUCAGCCACUUUCUACCCUGUAGACAACACCCCCCUCCUGCUCCCCGUGGAUGAGACAGAAGCGCCGGGGCUCAGCAGCAGCAGCAGCAGCAGCAGCAGCAUGGAGCCCGUGGGUGUCGGUGCGGAGAUGGCCCUGCUCAGCAACAUCCUGGCAGCCUAUGCCUUCAUCACAGAAAACCCCGAGCGGGCCGCGCUGUAUUUCGUGUCCGGAGUGUGCAUCGGACUGGUGCUGACGCUGCUGGCCCUGGUGCUCAGGGUGUCCUGCCGCACGGACUGCAAGCGCUCCUCCUCCAAAAAGCCGCCCCGGGAGCGGGAGAGCGACAGCGACAGCAGCGACAGCGACGACGACUCGGACACCACGUCGGACCUGUCUGCCCGCAGGCACCGCAGGUUCGAGAGGACUUUGAACAUGAACGUGUUCACCUCGGCCGAGGAGCUGGAGCGGGCGCAGCGGCUGGAGGAGCGGGAGCGCAUCAUCCGCGAGAUCUGGAUGAACGGGCAGCCCGACAUUCCCGGCACCAGGAGCCUCAACCGCUACUACUGAGCCGUGGGGCUCCAGCGCUCCUGCCCUGCUCCCGGGGCUGCCCCACACCUCGGAGGGGAGAGGGAGGGAACAACACAACACGGGCAUCUCCCCUUUCCCGGCAGGUGUGCCGCCUGGAGCGGUGCGGAUGGACGGCCCUGACGUUUUCCCCAUCUCUGUCUCCCUGACAUUUUGGUAUCACCCCUUUUCCCGGACACUUUCUGGUUUCGAAGAAGUGAUUGCCAACUUCAUUUCCGAGUAGCAGGCAGGGAGGAGACAGUGGCAGCUCCCCAUGUGGGAUGUGGCAUUGGGCACUCCGUGAUGUGAGUGCUCCUGGCCUGGCUGGACAGGGAGGUUCUCCAGGAUUUGGUCUCCACUUAGGAUUUUGUGGUUUCCCUUUCCUGAGGACUGCGGGAGAAUUGUGAACAAAAUGACAACUCUGGAAAGAUGAUUUGGGGAGGGCGGGGGAGUUGCAUCCUGACCGAUUGUCUUGUGACUUCAGAAGCCAUGAGAUUAGCCUAAUUAAAACCCAACAGCAAAUAGGACUUGUUAAGAACUGGGGGAUGGGAGGGAGGGGGAUUCUUCCAUCGUGAAAUCAUCUCGGUGCUUGGAUGUUUGCCAUAGUGUAUUCAGUUAUUUAUGGCUGUCUUUUCAUCUUCCUUUUCAAUGGGAACAUUUAGGUUUUUUACUGACACCUCAGGGAUAAAAUCCUAUUAUUUUUUUGAGUCUGCUCUCCCUGCUGGCCCCUGUCAAACACAGUCCAACCCAUCUCCAACAGUGAAAUUCUGGUAAUAUAAGAGAUGUGUCAGUCACUAGUGAGAACUUAACAACCUCAAAGAGGUUGAAAAAGGUUUUCUUUUUUGUUUUAAAUAUAUAUAUAUAUAUUUGAAGAUGCUGCACAGGAAUGUGCCUUAUUAUUUUUUUUGUUUUGUUGUUGUUGUUAAAUUACAGUUUUCCUAUGGAUAGCAAUGCACAAUGUUUUAUAUAUUUUAUUAAAAAAAUAAAAUUAAAAAAGCCUGUGUUUACCAGAGGAAAACCAACACAGAAAAAGCCAUGUCUAACAACAAAAUGGGUAAUAAAUGCUAAAUAAACUCUGGUUUGCUUCAA